AUGCUCCACGAGUAUGCAUUUUCUGACCACUCGAGGAUACAACAUACGAUAUGUGCGCCUCUACUGCGUCUGCGCGCCCGAUCUGAGGAGUGUGGCACGUGGGCUACCGGUUAG